GAUCAGUUUAGUGUUCUGCGCAAAGAACUUCGCUUGGUAGCGAUACUGUGUAGUGUGAUCUGUGCUUGUGUGUUUGUGCCUCUGUGCUCUGUGAACACAGUGCCGUGAGUGACGUAUGUGAUUAUAGAUUCUUCUAGUGGACUGGAUUCACGAUUUACCAUGGAUUAUAACAUGGGAUUACUCAGUGGUGAUACACCAUCUGAAAUUUACGGAAAUCCCAAUGUCACCCUUGGCAGAUCUUCUAGCGGCCUCACACAACAAAUGUCUCGAGCCGGCAUGCUCCAAACAAAUUGUGGCGGUCUUAAUAGAGGUCUUAAAAGGCCUAGCUCAGAUUCUUGUUUUGAUGACAGAGGAAUGGGCUCGGGAAUAGGGCUUGAUGCCUGUGGCGUACAAGACGUCGUAGAUGACAGUUAUACGUCAAUACAACAAAAGAAAUCGCCACCUUCCAAUGGGAAAAAGACUAAGGGGCGCGUUAAAAUAAAAAUGGAAUACAUAGAUAAUAAAUUAAGGAGAUACACGACAUUUUCUAAGCGAAAAACUGGCAUUAUGAAGAAGGCAUACGAGCUUUCUACGCUAACUGGAACCCAAGUCAUGCUUUUAGUGGCUUCAGAGACUGGACAUGUGUACACAUUCGCUACGCGAAAGCUGCAGCCCAUGAUCACAUCAGAAGCUGGUAAGGCUCUCAUACAGACGUGCCUGAAUUCCCCUGAUCCGCCGACCGGUAAUCAAGGUGGUCCUGGUGGCCAGGGCGGCGACCAGAGGAUGUCGGCGACAGGUUUCGAGGAGACGGAGCUCACGUACAACAUCGCGGAUGAAGAUACCAAAGAUGAACGUACACCAACGUCGAGCUGCGAAAGUGGUGAAGAAUCAAGUGGACCCGAAUCUCCUGUGGGACAAGGCGACUGUGUCGACUUCAAAGGUGCUCUAGAACGAUUGUCUAAAAAGAACGCAAGGUCCCAGAGCCCUCAGUCACCUGGAUCUUCUGAUGACCACGCAAGUGCAACACCUGUGAAAAUGCCUGGACUAGGGGGUUAUUCUGGUCUUUCUAAUGUCAUGUACCAGACUCCCACGGGUAUGUUAUAUCCUGCUUCUGCUCUGCCUCCCGGAGUUAUUUUCCACAUAACCCAGAGUGCUCAUGAUGCCGGAGGCGGAAGUACUGGCCCGCCGCAGUUCAUCACGAUACCGUUGUCCAUGAUGGCGCAGUCUUCAACCGCCAGCAACGGCAAUGUCUCCACCAACAGUGUCUCAGUAGCGGCCACCAGCAAGCCAUCGGUCUCCAUAACUCCUGCUACUUCGAUAUCUGACACCAGCAAUAAUAAUGGAAACAUGACCAGUGCUGCCAAUCGUGAACUUCAAGAUUUGUCCAAAAAGAUGUCGCGGAAAUAGCGACCGCCUGAUGGUGCGACCAGUAUGACGGUCUCUGCUAUUACGCUCUGACAAUCUGGACAACGCAGCGCUGCCUCAAUUUUAUACUGACCUUGCUCACUUUUUCGUGCGAAACACCAGCUUUUGCACAAUUUUUUUAUUAUUAUCGCAUAGUCGGUAUAAUGUUGGGAAUGAAUCGGUUGUAUGCAUGAUACGAUUAAAAUUUUUAUUAUGGGUAAAUAUUAUCCAUGUAUCAUUAUUGAAUUGAAGCAGCGAUGUGGUGAAGUAAAAUCACAUGUAAAAUGAGCCGUAAGUAUUUUUCAU